UCCUUAAACCCUAGGCCGUGGAGAAAACUCUGCAAAAAUCGCAGACGCAGCGCUGAUUUUAGGGUUCAGGCCGAGUUUCAAUUUCUCCGAUUGCCUGAGAUGGCGAAACGUUUGGUCCCGUUGCUGAAUCGCGUUUUGAUCGAGAAGAUCGUGCCCCCUGCCAAAACCAACACUGGCAUUUUGCUCCCUGAGAAGUCCAGUAAGUUGAACUCUGGAAAAGUUCUCUCUGUUGGUCCUGGAACUCGUGACAGAGAGGGAAACCUUAUUCCAGUUACUGUAAAGGAAGGUGACACCGUCCUCCUGCCAGAAUAUGGAGGAACUGAAGUCAAACUUGGAGAUAAGCAGUUAUAUCUAUUCCGUGACGAAGAUCUAUUAGGAACGCUGCAUGAAUAAGUGGAUCAUGUGAAAGUUGGACUGUUAUUCCAACACUUAGUUACAUGUUUCUGAUAUAGAGAGGCAGUUUAUGUUUGUGUUUUUGAGCGAGACUUUUAAAUCAUCUAUUUGAUGUUACCAGACAAAUUCUAGUAUGAAUUUUGAACAUCUCUCACUCAACUUCUCUAGAGCCAGAUGGGUAUUUUUGGCAUUUCCAUAAUGUGAUUCCUAUUCUAUUA